AUGGGGCCUCGCCUGGUGUGCCUCGUGAAACCCGACGAGUCUGGUGUGUGUGAUCUCCAAGAGACGCGCCUGAGCAAAGUGCGCCGUCUUGUACUGGACACUCACCAGAGGAACAAGCAACUGCUGCUUCAAGACUCCUCUGUGCCGCAGUGUGUGCGUUAUGGCUCCUGCCGGAGUCAUAGCGUGCCUCCCCGCCUCCCUCUCCUGUGCCUCCACACAGACCGAGGCGUGCCCACCAUCCGCCUCCUUCACUUUCCCGCCUUGAAUUGUAGGGGCCUCCUUAACCCUCUGGUGAAGAGCAGGAUGGAAUCAGAGCUAGACUUUCUCCGCCGCAGCGUGCCGUUCUUAUCUGCAGAGGAGCUGGACAGUCUGGAGGUGGGGACGGACAUCACUCCUGGCAGCUACGCCAUGGUGCAGACGGUUACAUUCCGCGGCAGACUCGCCAUCAGGAAGGUGAUGUUAUCAGACAGCUUUCUGGAACUUCUGCUGCGGGAGGCACGCGUGCUGCUGCAGCUGGCCGGAGCGGGCGGCGCGCCGCGCGUCCUCGCCAUGUGCACGGAGCCUCCCGCCAUCCUCCUGGAAUUUGUGGGGGCAACUUUCCGAGAGUUUCUGUCAGAGUGUUCGGACGUGGCGGUGCUGCUGGACUCCCUGGCCAAGGUGUGUGAUCAGGUCCACGAGAUUCACGAGAAUGGUUUCAUCCAUUGCGACCUCAAGGCGAACAACAUCACGGUGUCGGGGGAGUGGCACAACCCUGACGUCCACAUCAUAGACUUCGGUCUGGCCACGCCCAUCGGCCAGCCCUUCGACAGUAAGUUUGCAGGCAUUGAGUUUCACAGCAAGCGGGACUACCUGCAGCACUGGAUGUCCCCCGAGAUGAAGGCUGGGGAGCGGCUGCGGCCCUCCAGCGACGUGUACAGCCUCGGGGUGCUGAUGAUCAGGAUGACGGUGAUAGCCAACGACGCGGGCCUCACCUCGGCAGUCACAUCGUUGCUCAUGGCCUGCACGCACCCUGAUCCCGAUAAGCGGCCCACUCUGCCUGACGUGGCCGCCUGUCUGCGAGACCUCAGGCUGAAAGUCCUCCAUAAAGACACUCCUGAUCCCACAGCAAGCAGGUGGAGCCGCGACACUGCCGUCCUGCUCGGUAACAUGUGGAUAUGA